GUGCAGAGGACUGUUGGCCAGCAGCAGCAGCGGCAGCAGCAGAGAGAGUGGAGUGAAGUGGGGAGAAAAUACAGACAAUUGUUUCUUCUCGAAGAAAACAACGUUGAUCUGGAAUAAACUCAGACGCUUCCGUGUGUUUCGACAGGUCUGCUCCAUCGUUGUUUUGAUAACGGGAGGCAAGGAUGGCAAUGCAAAUGGGUGAGGUCGACGGCAUAGUGAAGGUGGCACAGUGGUCGGAGGCGGGGUACAAUUUAGACUCAGGCAUCCAAUCUGGAGCCCCCACGGUCAGAGAAGAGGAUGGCGAGUUCAUCUCCAAACACUACACCAUGACCACCACUGUCACAACGGAACAGCCUGAGGUGGACAGCACCCUAACUAGAGCUAUGCGGGUGCGGCAAGCAAUGUUCCCAGAGGCAGGCAACAUCAUCCUGUCCUCCACCCAGACAGACCCGUCCCAGAUGACCAGCGUCCAGCGGCUGGCCGAACCCUCCCAGAUGCUCAAGACAGCCAUCAUCCAUCUGAUCAACUACCAGGAUGACGCUGAGUUGGCCACACGUGCCAUUCCUGAGCUCACCAAACUGCUCAACGAUGAAGACCAGGUGGUGGUCAGCAAGGCAGCACAGAUUGUCAACCAGCUUACACGCAAGGAGGCGUCGCGGCGUGCGCUUAUGCAGUCCCCUCAGAUGGUGGCAGCGGUGGUGCGGGCAAUGCAGAAUACUGGCGACAUGGAGACAGCACGGGCGACAGCCAGCAUCCUCCACAACCUGUCCCACCAGAGAGAGGGCCUGCUCUCCAUCUUUAAGUCUGGAGGCAUCCCUGCUCUGGUCCGCAUGCUCAGCUCUCCCAUGGAGUCUGUGCUCUUCUAUGCCAUCACCACGCUCCACAACCUGCUGCUGCACCAGGAAGGAGCCAAGAUGGCCGUGCGUCUGGCUGACGGCCUGCAGAAGAUGGUUCCCCUGCUGAAGAAGACCAAUCCUAAGUUCCUGGCCAUCACCACAGACUGUCUGCAGUUGCUGUCCUAUGGCAACCAGGAGAGCAAGCUGAUCAUCCUGUCCAACGGGGGUCCUGAGGGUCUAGUUCACAUCAUGAGAAACUACAACUAUGAGAAGCUGCUGUGGACCACAAGCCGUGUGCUCAAAGUCCUCUCUGUGUGUCCCAGCAACAAACCCGCCAUUGUAGAGGCUGGUGGGAUGCAGGCUCUGGGGAAACAUCUCACAGGCUCCAGCCAGCGUCUGAUGCAGAACUGUCUGUGGACGCUCAGAAACUUGUCUGAUGCUGCCACCAAGGAGGAGGGUAUGGACAGCCUUCUGCAGAUGCUGGUGGGCCUGCUCAGCUCAGAGGACCUCAACAUGCUCACCUGCUCUACCGGCAUCCUGUCAAACCUUACUUGCAACAAUGCCUACAACAAAACUCUGGUCACCCAGAGCAAUGGCGUAGAGGCGCUGAUCCACGCCAUAUUGCGUGCCGGCGAAAAGGAGGAUGUGACCGAGCCUGCCAUUUGUGCUCUGCGCCACCUGACAUCACGCCACCAGCAGGCUGAGGUGGCACAGAAUGCUGUGAGGAAACAUUACGGCAUCCCCCCCAUCGUCAAGCUGCUUAACCAACCCCACUACUGGCCUGUCAUCAAGGCUGUAGUCGGCCUGAUCCGCAACCUGGCCCUGUGCCCAGAGAACCAGGCCCCUCUGAGGGAUGCCGGAGUCAUCUCCCGUCUGGUCACCCUGCUGAGCAGAGCCCACCAGGACGCCCAGAAACAAUCUUCAUCCAACCAGCAGACAUACCAGGAUGGAGUGAGGAUGGAGGAGAUCGUCGAGGGUUCCACAGGAGCUCUGCACAUCCUGGCAAGAGAUCCUGUCAAUAGAGCAGAGAUUGCCAACAUGCAGCCCAUUCCUCUGUUUGUUCAGCUCCUCUACUCUCCAGUGGACAACGUGAAGCGUGUGGCGGCGGGGGUCCUGUGCGAGCUGGCCCUGGACAAACAGUCAGCUGAGCUCAUCGACGCUGAGGGAGCGUCGGCGCCGCUGAUGGACCUGCUGCACUCCAACAACGAGGGCAUUGCUACUUACGCUGCAGCUGUUCUUUUCCGCAUCUCCGAGGAUAAGACCUCAGACUACAAGAAGCGAGUGUCUGUGGAGCUCACACACUCUCUGUUCAAAAAUGACCCCGCCGCCUGGGAGAUGGCCCACAACAGUGUCCCUAUGGAUGGACCUUUUCAAGAUGAGAUGGAUGCUUAUCCGAGCUAUCCAGUACAGUAUGCAGCUGACGUUCCCAUGGACUUCCAAGAUGAAUUCCAAGGCAGCAUGCCUUACGAUAGACAAUUAAAUGACUUUUAACGACCCAGAGAAAAAAGGAAGGUGGAAAAGGAAGCAGAGGGGGUGACAUGGGACGUCCAAGGACAAAGAAGAGAAUAUAGUUGUCAGUAGAGAUUAUUCCCUCUGCUCCCAGCCUAAUGUAAUAUAUGCAAUUAUCACUGAGUACGGGACUCAUAAUCUUAAUAGGGCUCAACUUUGUUUUAUAGCCUAAUUUUGCUGAUUAUAACGAUGAUGAUGCUUGUAGGUUUCUGAUAGAAAACCUUUUAAGAGUGUGCGUGCGUGCAUGUGAGUGUGUCCAUGAGUGUGUCAGUGUGUGUUUUAUGCUUUUGGGUGGGUAUUCUAUGCCAAAGAGAUUUUAUUUUGUGAUGAUAAUCGUGUAGCUUCUUCUUCUUUUCUUUUUUUUUGUUAAAGAAAUAAUAAGAGAAUAAUAGUUGAAAACACUGCCAGAGGUGGCUCAAUGUGCACACUGCACCUGCUCACCACUCUGUUUCUUUCUU